AUUUUACCUGGGAAUGCUGUUAAGGCAGUGGUUUUUUAGGACCGCAGUUGAUUUUGCUUAACUUUGCUUCAUUUUACCUUUCUUUCAUUGCCUGCUGAGGAGAGGAACCCUUCCUUAAUUCCACGUGCCUUAACCAGAACAUUCCCUUGAUCCACCUCUGUCGCUCCGUUCCUGUCCCAGGUUCUAUUAGCCCAGAGGGUCUCAGCUUCUUGCAGGGGGAAGAAAAGAUGGAAAGCGCUCCGGUCCUGCUGGAAUCCAAGUCCUCUCCCAUCAACCUGCUGAACGAGAUGCACCAGCUGCGCCUGCUGGGCCACCUGUGCGACGUGACGGUGAGCGUGGAGUACCAGGGCGUCCGCGCCGAGUUCGUGGCCCACAAGGCCGUGCUGGCGGCCACCAGCAAGUUCUUCAAGGAGGUCUUCCUCAACGAGAAGGCCGUGGACGGGCCCCGGAGCAACGUCUUCCUCAACGAGGUGCAGGUGGCGGACUUCGCCUCCUUCCUGGAGUUCGUCUACACGGCCAGGGUGGAGGUGGAGGAGGACAGGGUGCAGCGCAUGCUGGAGAUCGCCGAGAAGCUCAAGUGCCUGGACCUCUCGGAGACCUGCUUCCAGCUGAAGAAGCAGAUGCUGGAGUCGGUGCUGCUGGAGCUGCAGAACUUCUCGGAGUCGCAGAACUCCGAGGAGGAAGGCGGCGGCGCCGCCGCCCCCAACCCGGACGUCCCGCCCGAGUCCAAAGCCGCGGCUGAAGCCGAGCGGGAAACUCCGGGUUCCCCCGCGGCCAGGCCCGGCCACGGAGCGUCCCCGGAGGCGCCGGCUGCCAAACCGAAGGACAAAAAGAAGGAAGUGCUGAAGGCCCCUUACGCCAAGAUCCGGAGGGCGAGCGGGCGGCUGGCCGGGAGGAAGGUGUUCGUGGAAAUCCCCAAGAAGAAGUACACCAGGAGGCUGAGGGAGCAGCAGAAGAACGCGGAGGCGGCCGCCGGAGACGACAAAUACCCCGAAGACGAGGAGCUGUGCGAGCCAGAGGGAGAGGAGGAGCAGGAGGAGGAUGCCGUCAAGCCGGAGGGCGCGGGGCGCGACGGCGGCUCCGGGGAGAGCCGCCCCAAGGCCGGCGAGGACAGGAAGAGGCGGGGCAGCAACUUCAAGUGCGGCACGUGCGAGAAGGAGUUCCUGUACGAGAAGAGCUUCCUGAAGCACAUCCAGCACAGCCACGGCAUCGCGGCCGAGCUGGUGUUCCGGUGCGAGACGUGCGGGCAGACCUUUGCCAACCGCUGCAACCUGCGGAGCCACCAGCGGCACGUCCACAGCAGCGAGCGCCGCUUCCCCUGUGAGCUCUGCGGUAAGAAGUUCAAGAGGAAGAAGGACGUCAAGAGGCACAUUCUCCAGGUUCAUGAGGGUGGUGGGGAGCGCCAUCAGUGCCAGCAGUGCGGAAAGGGGUUGAGCUCCAGAACCGCCCUGAGGCUCCAUGAGAGGACGCACACGGGCCACAAGCCUUAUGGGUGCCCGGAGUGUGAGGCUAAGUUUUCCCAGCCCUCGGCACUAAAAACCCACAUGAGAAUCCACACGGGGGAAAAGCCCUUUGUCUGUGAUGAGUGUGGGGCCCGGUUCACUCAGAACCACAUGCUCAUCUAUCACAGACGCUGCCACACAGGGGAAAGGCCUUUCAUGUGUGAGACGUGUGGGAAGAGCUUUGCCUCCAAGGAAUACCUGAAGCACCACAACCGGAUCCACACGGGAUCCAAACCCUUCAAGUGCGAGGUUUGCUUCCGGACCUUCGCCCAGAGGAACUCCCUGUACCAGCACAUCAAAGUCCACACAGGGGAGCGGCCGUACUGCUGCGACCAGUGUGGGAAGCAGUUCACGCAGCUGAACGCGCUGCAGCGGCACCACCGCAUCCACACCGGGGAGAAGCCCUUCAUGUGCAACGCCUGCGGCAGGACCUUCACCGACAAGUCCACCCUGCGCCGGCACACCUCGAUCCACGAUAAAAACACCCCCUGGAAGUCCUUCCUCGUCAUCGUGGAGGGAGCAUCAUCGAAGAGCGACGACGGCCACAAGACGGAGCUUCCCGACGAGGAGUACGCCGUGUCCCCCAAGAUCCCGGAGAAGCUGCUCUCCUUCCCUGAGAACAGCCCCUUCCAGAGCCUGGCAGCCGUCCCUGGCACCGCCGGCACGGACUGCAAGUCUUCCGGAGGGCCAGGAUCCCAGGAAGCCCUGAUGGGAAGCACCCUGAGCGAGCUCGCGGUGCUCCAAGCGCAGCCGGACCCUGUCCAGCCCCAGCUCCACGCCCUGGUGAACAUGGAAUGACUCGGGAUUUACUGAAGCUGCACCCCUUGUACAGCCCUUUUGCCUGAGGGAAGCUGGUGGUGGGAGUGGAUUUUCCCCGAGUUCCUCUGAAAAUUCAUUCCACAGCUCCAUCUCCUGGAGGUCGGCGGGGUGACACUUCCCGGAGUCCCUGGGAGUUGAUUCCCUGGGAUUGGAAGGGGUGGCUCGGGGACCAUGUUCAGGUGGGUUUAUAAAGGUGGUGCAGGUUUGUUUUUCCAGGUGAUUCGAUGCCACGUGGACAAUCAGGAGAACCGAGGUUGUGUUUCUCCGUGACAUUCACUGCAUUUUCCCCCAGCAGAAGUUCAUCCAGGGAAUAAGUCUGGCCAAACUGCUUUCCAGGAAACCUUGGUUUCUCUCUGCUGUCGCCAAAGAUCCCAGCAGUGAGCCAGCUCACUCCUUGGGAAUACGAGUGGGAGCUUUGGAGUCUCUUUCCGGGAGUUUUGAGUCUCUUAAGUAGCAAAAGGAGCAGGUGGGAGCCAAGUGCUGGUUUGUGUUCCCACAUUUCCAUGAAAACUGGAGCAGUCUGGCACUUCAGUCUUCACCUUCCAGCUGCUCCAGCUCACGUGGAAGUGGGCACUUAAAAGAGACCAAAACAUCUCUUGGAAAAGUGUCUGGGAAAACCAGCCAUCGUGGAAAAGGUUCAACUCAGAGGCUUUUCCCGAUCAGCACCUGCUGCUCCAUUUUAUUGGAAUAGGAUUCGGGGUGUUUUCCCUGGGUGGGGAAGGAGCCUUUGAGGGUUGUCACCUGACUGGGAUGACUCUUUUUUUGGGAACAGCAACUCGCUGCUGUGGCUUAAUGCUUCAAAAAACUCGGGAUCAGGUUCCCAGUUGCCACUGUGCAAAAAACCUGCAUCUUUUCCAGAGAAUUUUCCCGUUUCUUUGCCCGUUAACCGUAGUAUUCCCACAGAAACUUUCUCAGCUGGAGCUGUGAGCAAAACUUUGGGAAAGGCAAGCACAAUCCAGCCUGGUGUUGAGGGCCUGUUGUCCAGCAAUAAACACCCCCCCCCCAACCUGUGGCACAGAGCUAUUUUUGAUCCUAAAGGGAUGCCGGAGGUGUUGCCAUGGAAUUCUAAUGUAGAGAAAAAAAAGGGAAUUUUUUUUUAAAAGAGAGCAUUUCCAAGAGGUUAUAUUUGAAAUAUUUAUUCCCGGUGAAGCUCAGUUGUUCCCCAGUGACCAAGGGGAAGAGGCUGUAGAUAUAUUUAAACCCUGAGAGCGUCUGGAACUGGAGCCAGGGAAGUUUUGUACUCCGGGAAUGUAUGGAAGUGAGUUACUGUUUAACUGUUCUUAUUAAAAUAUGGGAAUAUUGAGA